AUGAGCAUAGCGAGGAAGCUCCCGACGGAGAGUAUCGACUUCUCAUCUCCAUCAAAACCAACCGCAAGCUCGUCCUCUCCUCAGCGGCAAUACAACCUGGAGGGAAGAGUGAAGGGGCUGGAGGAAGCAGAACUAGCAGCAUGGCUCCCCUACGCGCACCUGCGGUCACCUCCUUCGGUCGACAAGGUUGCAGCCGAGCAGAGCAAACCCUUGAAGGAUGUUGAGGCAGACGGCGGGGAGACAAAGGAAGAGAAAGCGAGCGGGAAGCACGUGAAACCAUGGUUACUGGACACCAUGACCAACAGAGAGGGACUGCCUGACCUGCUGCUGGACGACAGCCGUUACAUCGCUGCUCCCAACUGGAAGAGAGCUGAACUCCUGAAAGAGCUUGCGAUCCAUGGGGAGCGGGGAGACGCCAAGUUGAUCGACGUGGGCAAGCACUUCCUCCAUGACCCGGAGGGCAUGGUCCGUGCCGCAGCCCUGCGCCUGCUGGCCAAGGUGACGACUCGAGGAGACAAGUCGGUGGUGCAUGACGUGCUGAGGCUGACCAAAGAUGCGGCGAGCAAGGUGAGGAUGGAGGCGUGCAACACGAUCAGGGAGAUAGGGAGCAGGGGAACUCCUGCUUCCAGCAUCGCGGUACCUACGGGGACAGCGGCAGACGUGAAGCUCUUGAACAGAGACGAAGCCUCGAUCAAGGCUCUGAUGCCGCUAGUGGAUGACGACAUGGGAUACGUGCGAGUGGCAGCCGUUGAGGCGCUUGACGUCAUCAACAGCGGGUGGCAGAGGUUCGAGUUCAACGAGAACCGACGAGACGAUGCGAAGAUGCUGUCGCAGCGCCGGCAGCCUCCUGUUCCCAGCCCUGUCAAAGCUAAAGUGCCAGAGCUCGAGGACGUCCUGCAGCGAAAGUCGUUCCUGCCGGAUGUGCAAGCAGGGGCAGCGAAGAAGCUCGACUUCGGCUCGAGGAAGGCAGCUGGGCCUGAGCAGGGGGCGGGGAGGAGGGCUGGGAGGUCUACGCUGGCGGGGUACAAGUAUUCCUGGUACAACGACGAGCUGAGGCAGGAGCGGAGCGUGAAGCUGUUCGAGGAGGCGCAGGAGAAGGCAAGCUUGCAGCGCAAACACACGGUGCACGAGGUGACGGAGCCUGGAUCGAGGAGCGUGACGACCGAGUGGAUGGGGAUCGAGUGGGUGGAUCGAACGAAGAGGGAGUACUUCGGGAAGGUGAUCCAUCCUCUGGGAGCUGGAGUAGACCCAACGCGCGAUGUCGUACCGGCGCCAUACAACGCUGGGUACAACGGCUUCACGACGCCGCUGGGGUACAACUACAUGUGA